AUGGUUUUAUUAUUAAAAAAAUUUCAAGGUUUGUCAAAUGCUAUUAGAAGAGCAUCUUCUUCAGAUGCUUUUAAAUUAACAGAAUUUUCUGAAAAAUAUUUAGGAUACCGAAAAGCUGAGUUUACUGAAAAAAUGACAUUUCUUGAUUCAACAAAAGACAAAGCUAUACCAAUAUAUAGAAUUACAAAUUCUGAAGGAAAAUUUACUGAUCCUUCACAAGAUCCAAAAUUUUCAAAAGAAGAAGCUUUAAAAAUGUAUAAGUCAAUGACAUUAUUAAAUACAAUGGAUAAAAUUUUAUAUGAUUCACAAAGACAGGGACGUAUAUCAUUUUAUAUGACAAGUUUUGGAGAAGAAGCAAAUCAUGUGGGAUCUGCUGCAGCUCUUCAACCAGAAGAUCUUGUUUAUGGACAAUAUCGUGAAACUGGUGUUCUUUUAUAUAGAGGUUUUUCAGUUCAACAAUGUAUGCAUCAAUGUUAUGGUAAUGAAAAAGAUAUUGGUAAAGGAAAACAAAUGCCUGUUCAUUAUGGAUCAAAAGAUAUUAAUUUUGUUACAAUUUCUAGUCCAUUAACAACACAAUUGCCACAAGCUGUUGGUAGUGCUUAUGCCUUUAAAAGAGAAAAAUCUGGAAAAGUUGUUUGUGUAUAUUUUGGUGAUGGAGCUGCUUCAGAAGGUGAUGCUCAUGCUGCUUUUAAUUUUGCUGCAACUCUUAAAUGUCCUAUUAUUUUCUUUUGCCGUAAUAAUGGUUAUGCUAUUUCUACUCCAACAGAUGAACAGUAUGCCGGUGAUGGUAUUGCGGGUAAAGGUCCUGGAUAUGGAUUACAUACAAUUCGUGUUGAUGGAAAUGAUUUAUUUGCCGUUUAUAAUGCAAUGAAAGAAGCUAGAAAUUUAGCUUUAGAAAAUAAACCAGUUCUUAUUGAAGCUAUGACAUAUCGAAUUGGCCAUCAUUCUACUUCGGAUGAUUCAACUGCUUAUAGAACACAAGAUGAAAUUAAUCAAUGGAUGGAAAAAGAUAAUACUAUAAAUAGAUUUUAUCAAUAUUUAAUUUCAAAUAAUUAUUGGAGUGAAGAAGAAGAUAAGAAAUGGAUUAAAGAUGCUCGUAAAGAAGUUUUGACUGCUUUUAAUAAUGCUGAAAAAGUUAAAAAAGCUCAUCCUAAUGAUAUGUUUAAUGAUGUUUAUCAUGAGUUACCAGAUCAUAUUAAAAAGCAAAUGGAUGAGAUGAAUGAACAUUUAAAAAAUUAUGGGCAACAUUAUCCACUUGAUCAACAUUCACCUAGUAAAUAA